AUGGCGCAUGAACUGGAAGGCAUUUUCUCAGAGCUGGGCAUUUCGCAAUACCUCGGCAUCUUUCUUGAGCAAGGUUUCGACACAUGGGAGACGAUUCUGGACAUUACAGAGUCCGACUUGGAUGCGCUUGGAGUCAAACUGGGACACCGACGUAAAUUGCAAAGGCGCAUUGCCAACUCGCGAGGCCUUGCCCCCGAUGCGUCCCUUAUAUCGCCCACUAGAGCAACAGCAGAGGAGCCCAAGCUUGAGGCUCAACGGUCUGAACAACCUCGACUUGAAGUGAAGGACGGCCCUGUCGUUACCAAACGCAAGUAUCGCCGUCAUCCCAAGCCUGAUGAGAACGCACCAGAACGGCCGCCUUCGGCUUAUGUACUGUUCUCUAACAAGAUGCGCGAUGAUCUCAAGGGCCGAAACUUAACCUUCACUGAAAUAGCUAAACUUGUUGGGGAGCAUUGGCAGAACUUGACGCCAGGUGAGAAAGAGCCUUACGAGACAUCGGCUCUCAAAGCAAAGGAAAAGUACAAUCACGACCUAGCUGAGUACAAGAAGACUGCAGAGUAUAAGAAAUACAAUCUUUACCUGCAAGACUUCAAGGCGAGGCAGGCUUCUGCCAGUCAAGCAAAAGAGUCCUCUAAACGUCAGAAGCUGGACACUGGCGCCCGGCUGCAAAAUGGUAGUGCGAGCGCAACACCGGGUAGCCUGAGCAGCACCGGGAGUGGUACGGAGAGCCAUCAAGGGAGUGAGCCGCCUCCAAACCGGAAGCAGCGAGUCGGCUCUGUGGUAUCGGUAUCUGAGUCCCAAUACUCGACGGCUGUCCCGACGCCAAUCUCGCACCAUCAUAUCGCAGACGACGCAGUGCACUCGCCCACCAGCACUCAAUUUGAUCGAGAGAGCUUGCACUCAACAAGCCCCCGUGCGUCCCAGAAUCGUAGCCGUCGCCCGACAUGGACGGAUAACCCACUUAGCACAGAGAUGGCUGGGCCAACGACUCAUUUGCCGUCGUUGUCGGAUAUGUUCAGCAAUGGGCGGGUGAUGAAUGGAGUCGCGAGAUCUCCCGAGUCCAAUGGACUCGGUGGCUUCGCACCACCUCAGCACCCGGGCUCUUCGGUUCCUCCGCCGUUGAAACAUGAAUACUCGUCGACAGGAAGCUCCACGUCGUCCGGCUCAUAUCCCCGCACGCCCAGUGAAUCUUCACUCCCGAUCCAUGCCUUAUUAUCCAACAAACCCCCGCUGGCUUCACCCUACGAGCUGCAGCCAUCUGCCUUCACAACCGGUCCUAUGGCACUCUCGGACCAGAAACCAGUUUUUACAGGUCAACUGCAGAGCUCUCAUGGAGCUGUGAAUGGUUACCACUCGCCACCACCUGCCUUGUUGCGCUUCCAGUCAAGCUCCUCAUCGGGGACAGAGGGAUCCAUUGCGUCGUCGCAUGCGUCUUCCCUUGCCUCAUCCCACGCAUCGUCUCAGACCUCACUCGGGGUCCAAGAGAGAAGUGAUCCGAAGCUCGACGGAAUGAGCGCUUUGGUGCGCGCUGGUGAAAUCGUUAACCGACGCGUUCAAUGA